AUGCACUCCCAAUUGGACGAGUUGGCCACCGAAUUCCAACUGUCCUAUGUGCGUACCGACUCGGUCCCAUCAGGAAAUAGCCGAUCUGAUGAACUCGCUCUGUCUGCAGCGCAACAACGAGUACAGUUAGGUUUUCAGUUAUAUUAUCUGGCCCUAGAAAGUAUUCUCGUGGAUGAAGUACGUCGCAUGGAGAAACGGAUGAAUACCUGUGCCGGUACUACGAGUAUCGUUGAUGGGAUAGCCACACAAACACGGCGUAUUAAGCCAGAUCUUAGCGGUCNGCGGUCUGUUGUCUCAGGAGAUUUUCCAUCGUUCGUUGUUUUCCUGUUGUAUGGAGUUAUCGAAGUAGUGGUUCGAAAUGUGGAUUUACCACGUGACGUCGUCAAGUACAUGAACCAGAUGGCUGAACUAAUUCUGGAUUCCUAUGCUUGGCGUUCGUUGUCACCUCUGUGGGCCAUAAUCAAAGCAGCCGGUCGUGCUCCUUCAAUUGAAGAGGUAGUGCCACCAGAAAAACUGGAACAGGUUAGAAUGAUUGCAUCCACCACUCGUACAUAUCACGAACUGUUGAUGAUGAUUAUCUGUUGCCGGUUUCUACUUAACGCCUGCUUUUUCUAA